CUCUUUUCAGGAGACAAGUGGAAGGAACAGAAUUGAUAUCAUCUCAAGCAUCAAGACAUGGCGAUUCGAGCUGUUUCCUUUUUGCGCCUUCUGGUUGCAGUUUGGUUGGUUUGUGAAGUCUUUGCUCAACGCUCGGCUGGCAGAAGCAGUAGAAGACUAGCGACAAGGAACAGACUGCGAAGCGGCGAAGAAUGCAAGGAUCAGGAAAGGUCACAUGACACCUGUGUGAAGCUUACCAAGGAGCUGGGAUUAGGAGUGUGUGACACUGGAAUUGGUCAGCUGAAGACCAAGCUGAAGAGAAGCUGCGCAAAGACCUGUCACUUCUGUGGGGAACCUUUGCAAGGUUGUAGAACAAGCAGGUACGGCUGCUGUUGGGACGCUUACACGCCCAGAGGAGAUAUCUAUGGCAAAGUAGGCUGCCCGGAAUGCAAAGAUCACCUUGAUUUGUGCCGUCGAUUCGAGGGAUUCUGCAGGUCAGAACAGAAGGAAAACAAGGAAUUCAUGGAACUUCACUGCCCUGCAACUUGCCGCAAGUGUAUAAAAAGAAGGAGAGCGAUAAUAAAAGGAGAGAAGAUCAAAAUGGGAGACUGGUUUCGUCUCUAAACUGGACAACCAUUUGUGACGGAAGCCUCUUCCAACUUGAUGGAAAUUCAGCUUUCUGGAGCAUUGUACAGCCUGCGAUCGCUAUAUUAUAGUCGAGGGGGUUUGAUUUGACAAUUAAAAGAGCGCAGCACUAAUAAUAUUCACGAAGAAAUUUAUGAUGAUUUUUCAAGUACAUGACGAAACGAAAUAUUCUUAAUGAUAGGAUUUGCCAGCAUACGCAGUGAAGUGUCGUGUGAGACGCUAUAGAAACGGCAGAGAGGGGCUCUAAGAACUACAGCUGUAAUUUUAGUAUACUGUAUAGUUAAUAAAUAUUACUAAUAAAGCCAAAGCGGACUGAAGUAAAA